CCAAUUUGGAAAGCAGGGGACCUCAUGACAGAGAAGCCAAUUGCUGUCAAUAAGUGUGGGUCCACAAAAUUCACACAUCAGAAGAUGGAAGAUUUGGACAAAGUCCUUCCUCUGUCAACUCUACAGAACCACGUGCUGCUAGAUGGCAUUGCCAAAAGUCCCACAGGCUGGCUGAAAAUUGAAAAGGUGGACUCAUGUGGUCACUUCAUCAGACUGCUGAACUUCUCUCCUGACCGCAACUUGGACUUGAGUGGAUACUUCAUCCAGCAAACCAUCGGGCGUCACCCGGUGUCACUGUACCGCUUUCCCAGACGCAGCUGGCUGCCAGCGAGACAGCACAUCACAGUUUGGGCAGCGGACUCUAAGGUGGGACCUCCUCAGCCCACAGACUUUCUAUGGGACGAGCUCCCCAGAUUUCGCGCCGGACCCGAGUGUACGACGCUGCUCUGCAGUCCUAGUGGUCGGCCUGUGGCCUGGCGCACGGCAUCUCACCGAGUGUCUCCGGAGCUCUGCCAGGAUGACCUGGACGAUGAUAUAGCGCCUUCCUCCUAUCCACAUCGCAAACACCAGGCAACUGAGAACUGUCAGCCUGCAGCAUCCAAAGACGAACCGCACCAUCUGGAAGAAGCCCGCCUGAAAUCUCCCUGGGUCCUGACAAGUCAAUGCCAUCCUAAUCGAAGCUCCUCGCUCUGCCCGACUCGCUAUGAAGUUGGCCCAGAUGUUGAAGCUGCCACCAAGGAAGCUGAGAAGUGUCUUGCCCGCCACCCCAGUUUGCUUGCACUCUUUUCAAAUCCUUCAGCAGAAAGAAAUGUGGCACAAAAGGAUCAAGAUCAGUGUCCUAGGAAGAGCCCAGAUGACUGGCAGGAAGGGCAAAGUGCUCACCUCAGACCGGUGGCUACUGCCACCAUCAUCAGGGGUCUGUCACACAAUUUUAAGUGACCUUUGCUGCGUGCUGCGAUCAGAAGAUCCUUGACAAAGGGACGGCUCUGAAACCCAUCAGCGAUCUGCUCCUGGUUUCUCUGGUAUCGACACCGGCGACUGGCACAUCUUGACAUCCUCCAGUAGACUACGUGGGGUCCUGAUGAUUAGACGGAGACGCUUUAUUGUAGGGUGCUGCUCCAGAAAUAAGGGUCACAUCAGCCCCCCGUCUAUUGGGUAGAACAGACUCUGUCCGGACUAUGGGGGGAGUGGUGGGGGGUUCGGGGACAUUCCACCCAAAUGCUGUUUUGGGGUCUGCAUGUUGUAAUGUUUGUCAGGUUUAAUGUCAUGUCAUGGUAAGGUACGUCUGAUUUUGUGA